AUGGCCUCGCGCAAGCGGCCGCGCGCAGAGCAUCAGCCCAAGUCCUCUCCGCAGCACGCCGCCGCCAGAAGCCGUGGCAAGCAGGAGAAGCCCGCCGGGCCGAAGGACCUUACAGAGCCCGCGCAUCUUGCCAACACACCAGCAUCGACUCUGAAAUCGAGAGCAGCGGCCAAAUCCAGGCCAGCCCCUAGACCCAAGAAGGGACCGCGAAAACAGGAGCCCCUGCAAGCCGGAAGAGGUCAACGGCUUCCGGAUUACUCCGCCAACCAGCCGAGCCAGUCUGCACCUGCCGAACCGCGCCAGCGCAAUCUUCCGCGUCCAGACGGUACUGUUGCGCAGUUUCCCGCUCGGACAACCCCUCUCGAGCGCGAGACCGAAAGCUGGGUGCAGUCCGUUCAGAGGCUGGCAAAACAGGGCGCCAUGGCUCCACCUGCAGCCAACUCCGCCCAAAGGCAGUCCAAGCCAAAGGCUAAGGCGGCACCUAAUCGCGACCAUCAGCGCGUUGCGAGCACCUCCGAAGCUGCUUCGGAGAAUGACCAACUCACCGACGCCUCUAACAACACCAGUAAGACGGGCACCGCUAGCAGAACGCCAGCCUUGUACAAAUCGAAGAAAUGCCGCGAGAAGCUGAGGAACGUAAAUGGAUUUGUGCAUAUGUACUUGCAUGAGCGAGACCUAUUCUCUAACAGGAGGGGUCCCUACCACGGGCUGAAUGAGGAGAGCGAGAGGUGGAUACGAGACCUGAAGGGCUACACUCCAGAGACCGCAAGGAACGACCUGUUCGAAUCGAUGCCCCUCAGAUUACUACUGCGGCGCAUCGACGAAAAAAGCGAGCCCGGCAUUAUGCAAAACUUGCAAGACCUUGUGUGUCCGGUGGUGGCAAAACUGGCGGCUCUACAUUUCAACGACGACAGGUUAGGGGCCACGUACGAUCUCUUAGACGACCUUUGGGAGGAGCAGUGGAUCAAGCUGCCGACAGUGCUUCCGGGCUUUAGAGGACCAAAGCCCGACUACUGCGUGGGGUUCGCACUGUCUGCCUUCACUGAGGAUCGGAAAAACAAGAUCGACAUCAUCGCCAGCGAGAACAAGGCUCUCAGGCCAACGGACCUCGUGUACUUCCCAUUCCUCACUUGCGAGGCCAAAUCGUGGCAACAAAGCAUCGACUUCGCCGAGAAUCAGAACGGCCACAACAUCUUCGUCGCCGUGCUGGCCAUGGUCGAGCUCUUCCGCAUGGCCAACAUGGACGUCAGCGGCCAGAUUCUGGCCUUCUCCAUCUCUUUCAACCACAGCUUGGUGUACAUGCACGCGUACUACCCCAUCAUCAACGGGGAGAAGACGAACAUUUGUCGCCACUCGCUGGGAACGUUCCUCCUCUCUCCCGGCGAGAACCCGGACUCGUGGCGCUCCUGGCGCCUGGUUAGGAACGUGUACGAGAUGUGGGCCCCAGACCUUUAUAAUCGUCUGUGUGAGGCGAUUGACGCGGUGAAGCUCGACGAGGGAGCGGCAGCUCCGGACCCAACGCCGUCAGAGUCGGUGGUUCCGAUGGAUAUGCAGUCUGAUACGACGCCGAGGCCGGAUGACAUGAACACGGAUGGCCGUGGUGGUGAUCGAGCCGCCCCGAGAGAGUCUGGACAGCAGCCCUCCCCGAAGAGGGCGAGAAUAAGAUAG